AGGAAAGGUGGCUAAAACUUCGUCAACGGCAUGGGUUGCGGAGGACGCACUGACGCCGAUUCAACCCAAGCCGGAGAAGGUGGCAGAAAGAGGCAAAGGCCAGAGCUUGUCGACGUCGCUGCGGAAGAAUCCGGCCAAACAGGCCAUGGCCCCGAGGCUGUUCUGGCCCGUUUGGUGAUGAUGAAAACGGGGAUGAGAUGAUUCAAGACCCGCCAUUUUGCUGCAAUUAAUCACAACAUAUCCGCACAGUCCAUGUGCAGAGUGCCGUGCAGUCAGUGCCUACUUCGCUCCCAGCCCCUGAGUCAAUACAUGCCCGGUCGUUCGCUCAUGUCGGGCUGGUACAUACGAUAUUACAAUGAGCUCAAUUAUCGAUCAUUGACAAACGGGAACGAGGACACAUUAUCCGCCCAACCUCCCUGUGUCUCUCUCUUCAUUAUUGUCGGUCUGCUCGUUAAUACGCAACUCUCAAUAGUAUAAUUAAGCCUCUGACGCACGGAUGUGUUCGUGCCUCCCUUCGCUCUCCUUUCCCCUUGGCCCCGACUUUAGCAGCCGAGCCGCGGUCCAUGCUGGCCGCGAUGCUUUGCCGGGCUCAAGCUACUCAGCCGAGUUCGGCUUACCGUGAAGACGACGGGAGAGGCUCAAAGCUGUGGAUUGCCCUUUCUGUAUUCCGUACAGGCCAAUCACUGGACGCACCUGGGCCCUGAAAGUGCAUGCUUGGACUUGGACAAUCAACCUCAAACCCCACAGUUCUCUCACUUCGAGUUGUACCGGGCUGGCGCGCCUCCUCCGCCCGCUCCUUAUCCUCUUCCUCCC